GAUUCCCAAAUCUGUCCCCUGAAAUUCGUUAAGAUGGCUUCUGCGGAGGGUGGGGCAGAUAAGUAUCGUUCUUACUUGCAGGGUGAAGGAGAGAAGAACACCCAGUGGAGGUUUGGUGCUCCUCCUAACUAUGAUGCUGUCAACAAGCUCUUUGAAGAAGGCAGGACUAUGGUAUGGCCUCCGGGGUCACUUGAAGAAAAAGUGCAGAACCUUGUGAAGACAUGGGAGAUGGAGCUUUUCCACAAGACCUCCUUUGACCAGUAUAAAUCAUUUGAACCAAACAAGUAUACCUUCAGCUUAAAUGGAAGGGAAGCGUUGAGCUUGGAAGAGAAGCGUAAGCUGGGGGGAGGCUACAACGCCAUGUUGCAGACCUCCUUGCCGGAGAAGUACCGCUGCUACGACCCCGCCGCCCACACCGCCGACUCCUCUCACCGUGCGUUCACCACCACAUUCCCUCGCGGUUUUGCGCUCGAGAUUCUGCAAGUCUACUCCGGGCCGCCGCUCAUCGUCUUCAAGUUCAGGCACUGGGGCUUCAUGGAGGGUCCUUUUUUGGGGCAUCCCCCCACCGGCGAAAUGGUCCAACUCUUCGGAAUCGGCAUUUUUCAGGUGGAUGAAGAUAUGAAGGUGGUGAAGGUAGAGUUCUUUUUCGACCGGGGAGAACUGCUCGGUGGUCUUGCGAAGGCCGCCGGAUCCGGCGGCGCCGUUGAUGAUCUACCUUCAAGCUGUCCCUUCCUUAGGAACACUGGGUAGUCAAUGACUCAUAAUGUUGUAUUGGA